AUGAGCUACUACGGUGAUUAUCUUCUUUUUCCAUCUCCGAAAAAAAUUCAAAGUUCAUUCAGGGUUAUUUUUGAAAAAGUUUUCUGUUCCAAACUAAUUUAUAUUUUAAAUAUUUCACAGCCUAACUCUUGUACAUUUCGGAGCCCUAAAAUGAGAAAACUUUUGCAGACGAAAAGCUGAUUGGAAAGGAAUGCGAAAUUCCAAAAAAGUACCGUUUGGUAGAAACGACGAAUGCACCUGAACCGAGCUAUGACCAGUAAUAUUCGUUUCUUUCACUUUAAAUAAGUUUCAAAAUCGAUAGUGAUUUUUCAUAGUGAUAUAGUCUAUGUUCCAUGACCUGAAAUUUCACGGAACGACAUUCCGCUGUUCCGCUGCGUGCGUUCGCGAAGCGUCUUUCGAAUAUAGGUCACGCUUUCACUUGAUUGUUAGUGCUGUUGGAGCACAUGAAAGGAGAAUACCUUAAUAAAAAAAAAAUUUAAAAGCGCGACCAAGGCUCUCAAAGGCGCGCAGCGGCACAGCGGAAUGUCGUUCCGUGAAAUUCCAAAUCGCGGUACACAGGCUAUAAAGAAAAAGGGAAUUGGCAUUUUGAUAGCCUUCAGAGAGAGCUCAAAAUUAAAAAUUUUGAGUUUGCGGGUAAUAUUCGUCAUCUUGUUUUAAAAUCCAAUUUUUCUAACGGCCCAUGAAAUGCCGAUUUCGCGAAAUUAUCAUUUAAAAAACCGCCGAUAUUACUAAACACGGUACGAUCCUCUUUUCUAAUGGUUUAUCUCAGAUUGGGGUCCCGCAUUAGAAAUUUGAUCGUGGAAGACGUCGGCUGGGUCAGCGACAACGCUAGCGAUGUCUCGGAACUGUUGAGCAGUGGAUCCGUGGAACCUUUCUUCCUCUUUUCAUAUGUAAGAUUCUUCCUGCUUCGAGAUUUUCGGCAUUUCGUAAUGACUUUUACUUCAAUUUUUCCUACAAAAGAACUUUUUCAAUUAAACUUGGCUCAAUUUUGUUUUAGAGACCGAUUCUAAAACAAGUAGUUCCUGACGUAUCAGACAGAAAUCCUAAAUUUCUUUUUAAUAAAUAAUUACGUUUUUUCUCAGCCCGUCGUUAUGGUCGCUUACGUUUUUUUGCUGCUGUUGGCAAUUGGAAUGACCAUCGCCUUUUAUUUCACGCCAGAUAAGGAAAGUUUGAGGGAAUCAAAGGCGAGUCUGAUCUUUACGGAUAUUAUUUUUUGUGAUGAAAAACGAAAAAGCGUUGAUUAAAUUCUGUUGAGAGGUUACCUAUAGAUCUUUCAUUCUUGUCCCUUCAAAUUUUGAGUAUCAUAUUAACGCUCAAAGACAAUAAGAAACUAUUUUUCCACUUAAAUGACAAAUUACGAUCUUUGAAGCCUUCUUGGUUCGAAUUUUUUUAUCAGAUUCUCGAUAUUUUCCUUUUGAAACUUUCUUGUAGAGAGAUUUUCCCACUGUUCAGGAGUAUUAACUUGAAUAUUUCAGAAACAAACAAGUGAUUCUAGUGGGAAAGUGGCCGCUGCGAUGAUUGGACUGUGUCUCCUGCUCGUUUUAACUGGAAACGGUCUUUUCAUCUUUGCCAAUUUAACCCUGAUUACUACAUCAACGGAAGUGUCCAGUAUGAUGUACGAUAUGGAAAAAGGUGCUUCUCAUCGUUAUUUCCUUAUAAGAGACGUUUUUUGGGAAAUUUUUAAAAAACUUCCCGAAGGCCUCGGUUAUGAUUCUAUGUAGACUUUCUGUACUUCCAUUUUUUAGGGUAGUAACUUUGCAUUUUACUCAGAAUUACGUCUGAAACUCAUAUUUCGUAACUUUGAGUAUUUAUAGCUUUUAAACUUUAAGUUUUGCGCAAGGCUACAAAGGAUUUUUCUCUAGCGACAUUUUGAAAUAAGUUUCAGAUUAUUUCAGACUUCGCCCGAAAGGGAAAUUUACCAGUUAUAAAAUAGUCUAAAGAAGUUUUCCAAAGUUUUGGGCAGUUUUCAGGAACGGAAAACCAUCUUCAUGGCUACCUUUCAAAUAUCGUUUGCGUCUUGGAUAGACCGUUCCAGCGAGUUAUGAAUGAGUCCACCCCGGAACUUUACAACACAAAGAUAUUAGAGAAAAAUGAAGCCGAGAUUCAACCGAUUCUUGAAUCCAUUAUUCGUCUGAUCAAAUAUGACGUUUUAGUUCGUAUUCACCCUUUAAUGGUUUUUCCCGUCCCACACUUUGUCAUUGAAAUUUCGUCAAUUUCAGAGUCGUUUUUGUGGAGCAUUUUCUUAUGAGAUUGGUGGAGCUAUUGAAAAUUUGAAAACUUCCAAGGUUCGUGGAAGAUUGAUGUCAAUUUUUUUUUUCCUAAUGGGGUGAGGGGAGGUGAGCGAGGCGUCAAAGUUUCUGAACUUACAAAAAAAAAGUAAGUGCGCGCUUCAGAUAAAAGGACUGCGACGUUACAUCUACCUAUCGUUGCAAAUUAAACUGAGUAUUCAACGAACUCCCCAUUUGACUGCUUACUUGAGAUUUCAAAUUUCGCGGCAAAAUUUUUUUGACGUCUCCUCACCCCGUUUGGGAACGCCGUGAAACCUAUUCCGAUCAAAUUCACAUCCGUAAAAAAUGUUUUCCUUUUUUGAUAAUCAAUCAUUAAAGCUCACUAGGGAACUACUCGGACUCGGGUACGCGUAUCGAGUUGAAACUUUGGUGGCUUAUAGACCACGGUAAGAAUACUUGGAAACAAGAGAGAAUAUCUGCUAAAUCCUAUAGACUUCUGAGAAAAAGCUUUUUGAAAAUGAACAGCUUAGGCUUGAAAAUUAUUAAAUUUCAGUUUUCCUUCUUCUUUUUACUGGAAAAAAGUUUUUUAGAGUUUAUCAUAGCCUGAUCAUUCAAGGCGAUUGUAUUAAAAUAUAAAAUAAGGUAAAAAAAGCAGUAUUCUGAAAUAUUUCAAUUUUUCGCAUUUUUCUACUAAUUUUUUUCUCAGUUCUCUAUCGGGUUUAGCAGAUAUUCUCUCUUGUUUCAAUGUAUUCUCCCUUAGGUCUAUAAACCACUAAAGUUUCAACUCGAAAUCCGUACCCGAGUCCGAGUAGUUCCCUAGUCAGUUCUUUCCAGUUUCAUGAACCUUCCUCACUAAACCGAGGAACCUGUGAAAUGAAUUGAAAAUUUUCUUUGUAUUUUCGUGGAAAAAAGACUUGACAAUGGAGGUCAUUUUUCUUUGCGUUUGGGAUUUCCUGAAAAGUGGCCAGAACACUGCUUGAUGUAAAAAAAUGGAAGUUCUCAAAGUCUCAACCUGCAAAACGUUACACGAGAGCCAAAAGACCCAAAACAGCCUUUCAAUGAAACUUCAGCGUUUUUUUUUGACUUUGAGGUCUCUUUUCUCAAAAACAAACAAAAAAGUUGCGCAGGCAGAGACUCUCAGAAACUCCUUCUGGUACAUUCACAAGUUUUUUGAUCAAUUUUCAGUCAUUAGGAAAAAUGUUUAUCAAACAUCUUUGUAGAGUCCGUCCAACAGUCGAUGUGAAUCGACUGAGUUUCCCAAUCUUGGGUCGAGCAAAAUUCCAGAACUUUUGUCAUUUCAAAGUUUUCCGUUGAUGAAAACUUUCAAAUAAAAUUUACUAAUAGGAAAUCCAUUUUUUGCAUUAAAUUCUUUUCUAGUUCGAAAAAAGUGUUUGUUGUUUAAAGAAGCGUCCGCAAAUUUUAAUUUUAGAAGCAACAUGAAAUUGGAAGUUCCGAAAAACUAUUGCGCAAUGCCCAAACAGCCAUGGCGCAGUUUUUGGAGGUAUUUUGAACCACUUGUGAAGCCUGUAUGACUUCCUGUAUAAUUUAGAACGUCGAAGAGAAAAAAAAUACGAGCUACGAGGCCGGAAAGGAUUACGAUCCAACCCCAGAAGUUUGUUAAUUUCUCGUUGAUUUAAAAAAAAAAGAUUUGUAGGUUUUGGACCUUUUCAAACUUCUGUUCUACUUGCUCAGCAUUCCUUUCGUCGUUAGUUCCCUAGUGAUUCUUGCACUUGGCUUCGUCACUCUCUUUCGAUUUGCGAAGAAACUCCGGGGAGGAAAAAUUGAUGAAAAAUCUCAUUUUAUUGGUGAGUUAAGAUAAGAACGAUAACCAGUUAUUAUUUUGAUAGAUGUAAAAUGCAAGGAAUCUCGAAUUUUCUCUCCAUGAAAUAUUAGAACUCGAAAAAUCCGUAAUUCAAAAACAAUUUACUUUCAUUAUGAUUUUUAGUCAUGAAAAAGCAGAAACGGGGUUGCCGACCAAGAAGGUCAUUUCACUUUGAAGUUGGCAUUUUUCUGAAACUGAACUAGACUACUUAUUGAUGUAAAAGAUAAAGAUCCAGGAGGUUUCUAAGACUGAUCUGAAAAACUUCCUAUUUUUCGAUAAAAGACAAAAAAGUACAUUAUUUUGCAGACAGCAGUGGGCAUGUCAUUUGGAUUUGCGGCAUCAUCUUAUUCUUGAUAGCAGGGUUUUUUUCUCCAAACAAUCCAAAACUUUGGUGGAAGUCUUUUUUUCAGGUUUUGUUGUUACACCGGUGGCAUCGCCCAUGAUAAAUCCGCUUCGAUUCUGGAGCAUCCGGCUGUUUCGAAGUCCCUCUUUAAUUUUGCUGAUUUCGAGAAUAAUGCCGUGUUCAAAGUCAUUCCGUGAAAUGCAAAACGGCCGUCAGUGAAAGAAAAAUAUAACUAAAUGUUGGAGAGUCAGAGAUAAUUUUGCAUUUCGCGGAAAUGACUUUGAACACGGCAUAAGUCUGUUGGUUCUAGGUGAGAUUUUGGAUGUUUCAGAUUGCGGGAGAUACAUUAAAUGAAUAAUAUCAGUGAUAUUUGAAAGACUCGAAGAAAAAAAAAAACUUUUUUCAGGACUGUCUUUGGCGAAAUCACAAAGAAGGGUGUAUACAAUUUGACGAACACGGCAACUCUCUACGAAACGCUUCUCGAUUCUGUAUUUUUUCUCUUUUUCUAUUUAUGGGCCUUACAAGGGGACGUUUUCUAGCCCCCGUUUGUACUUUUGGUGUAGCUUCGCUGAAUUUUAUUCCAGUCCUUCCUGAUUCUAGGACACUCGGACCUUGGCAACAAGGGCCGGACGCGCAUCGAGAAUGUAGGUUCCUUUUAAGUAAGAACAUUACUGGCGACGGAAAUCUUAGAAGGAAAUCUCUAUCAAAUUUAGAAUAAAAAACGUCCGUAGCGCGUCCUGUUUUUAUUAAUUUUCUCGCAAGAGAUUUGGUUUUCAAGUUGAGACGCUUGAAAACUUUGAAACAUCGCUCUUUCUAUCAUAUUUGGUCCAUUUCGCAAAAUUUGAAGCUUCACAAAUCGAAAACAAGAUCUAUUGCGAGAAAUUUUAUUACUUUUCUAGAAUCAGGAGGUCUCAGCACUUCCGAAAUGUCAUCAAAUGUUCAACCGGGGCCCAAAAAGAUGCCUAGUUAGAGCGACCUCCCUCCGUUUGAAAUUUUUGUUAAACGACUCAAACUUCCAGUCUUUUAUAGUUGGGGAAUAAGUGAAAUUUCGUUGUUGUUUUCGGUUUUCUUUGUUUUUGAUGGCGCAUCUUCCUUUCAAACUCAAAUAUUUUCAGUUCUCCUUCGUAAACUUUACCUUGACUCGGAAUAUUGACUGGAAAGCGUUCAUAUCCUCCGAAGUUGUGAGUUUUUUAUUUCACCAGCAAAACUAAAAUUUUUUGAGUGAAGGCCUCGAUAAAGAACAUCAAGGAGAAGAUGGUUUCGGAAAAUCCAGAACUCCUAAAAGACCUUUCCGCGUACAGAGAUUUGAUUGAAGAAAUAGAAAAUUCAGUUUUUCACCUUUUCGUUUUCGAUAUGAUAAAUCAUGGCUUCAGCUUGAGCUCUAUCCAACGGAAAAUAAUGCGAUAAGAAACAAGGUGCUCAUGGAAAUAAAAGCUUAUUACGCUGAAAUUGAUGAGAAGAAUCUUGGAAGACUAAAGGUGAGUAGAAAAUGAAAAUUGAUUUCCACCAGGUAAACUUUGAAAAAUGCCUGUUUUGUUAUUUUUUUGUUCAAAUGAAAAAGCCCUCAAUAAAUAACUAAAAUUGAAAUAAUUACAAGAACAAAAAAAGCCUACCAAGUUUAUUUCUUCAAAGUCUUUUUGAAUUUGAGAUGAUUAUGAACUGAAGUCAAAUUUUUUAUAGAAUCUAGCCAAAAAACUCGGAGAGAAGGAAGACGAAAAAGUGCAACGUCUACUCAAGAUACUUUCCCCACGAGCUUCGGUGAUGGCUCGACCUUUCAUUUUUCUGUUUUUCGCCUUUGGUUUGUUUCACUUUUAUCUCAGAAAAUGGUUAGAAAAUGAAAACUGGUAUAGUUAGAAUGAAAAUUGGAAUUUUCGGUUUAAAGACGCAGUUAAAAAGACAAAAUCAGAAAAAUUGACGAAAAAGCUUCAGAAUAACCUCAUAAAAAAAAUAACAAAGAUAUAGUAUGUGCUUCGAUUUUUUUAUCGAGUUGUGGUACCUCAAAAAAACACCAAAAAGCCUUUUUUUCAACUUUAAUUUGAUAUAAAAAAACAAACUUUAAAACGCUUUGAAAGCGAGAGGCGGAAACCUUUGGUUUUUUCGGUUCAUGAUACGCUAAAGAACAAAUCUUAUUUUUUUCUUUGAUUAUACCGUCUCUCCCAGUUCCGUCUGAGAAAAUACAAAAAAACGUUUUUUUUUUCACAACUUAAUUGUAGAAAGCUUGAUCUUUCUGAAACUUUCUCGAGUUGUGAUGACUGUUAUCUUUUUCACUCUGGUGGGAGUUCGGAGAAAAUAAAGCAGCUUAUGAAGUUUCAAAAAGAUUCAACACGAGAAAAGUGUGAGAAUUUUAUUCAGUUCAUUUUUUCCUUCUUCAACGCAGUUUUCAGCUUUAUGCGCAAUCGCUGCCCCCUGCAUGGCUUUCCCGGCCUUCACAGUGACCCGUUUUCUGUUCAACGAUACCGGCAAGACGGAUAGAGCCUCAGCCAGCAGUUCUCAUUCGAAAGCAGAAGACAGCUUUGACUCUAUUGUUUCUAAGAAAAAAAUUAAAAGUUCAUGAAAUGAGAAAUUUUACAUGUUUUUUAGUAAAUGUUAGAAAUUAUGCAGGAGAGAGACUCUGAGACAUAAAUAUUUUCAAAAAAACAAAAAAAUCGAUUUUUUGUUAGAGGCAGUGAAAAACAGAGCUGCCGUGUAUGUUGCCUUUCCAAAGUCUUUUCUGGAUGGUAUUUCCAAAAAUACCAUGAUUAAAAGUUUUUCUGGAAGCUUGAAUCAUUGGAUGGGGUAUAGCUGAUUCAGGGCUGACUUGAGCCAUCGAAAAAAGGGUCCUGACACGAUAAUGCACGAGAUAGCGCCUGGAAAACUCAAAAGUGACUAAACUCAAAAGUGACUGGAGCCUAGACUGUGAAUUUCUAACUCCGUUGGGCACUUGGAAGGAGAGGACCAUAAUAACGUACGAAAAGCUUGUAGUGGGCAUUUGAGAGGAAAGGAAGCCGUUUAGUGGGUACUUUGACGAAUUUUUGUGGAUUCUUUCAGUCAGAUCAAUUGUCGCUAUUUCGGUAGAAUAGGACAUGGAUCGACGAGAAACAUUUAUGAGGUUUUUCUUAUUCCGUUGAAAAAUCUUUAUUGAUUGACUUUUCAAAAAAGUUUCGAAUCAAUCGAAUGUAGUGUCGAUCCUUUUUGUAAAAAAAUAAAAUUUUAGUUGAUACCGUUUCAGGUCGGUUGCAGCUGUCCGACUGAAUUGGUAUCUCUCGUGAAUUUUUAAACAUGGGUCAUGAAAGAUAAAUGAAGAAUUAUUUCGAGACUGCUCUCCUUUUUAACAGUAGAACUACAUAGAAAAAAUGAAGUGAAGAGAAAAUUUCAGUCAGGAAAUCCGGAAAGUUGAAUCUUUCGCUCAAGUUUGAAGUUCUGAGUCAACAAAUAGUCACUCCUCUUAAGAUUGUCGUUUGAUUUGAAAUAUUGUGUCUAAAAAGUUGAAUAAGCUUUUCUUAAACGCCAUAUCAGUAUCAAAAAUCAUUUUACUAGAAAAAAACAAUAUAAUUAAAAAAAGUUAACGUGACCAUUUUUAAGAAAAUCGAGUUAUUCCUAACAAAGUCGUCGCCAUGAACUACACCGGUGAAACUCUUCUUUUUUUCAUCUCCAUCCGAAAAUCUCAUUUUAUUGCCCAUUUUUUUAAGUUGUUUUGGAAAAAAAAGACUACUAAAGUACAGACAUUUUUAAAGUGUAAAUUUUGUGAAUUUCAUACUUUUCGGAACAUGAUCGAAGGUUUACAGACAUAAAACUGAUUGAAGGAGAAUGCAAAAUUCCAAAGAAGUACCGUUUGAGAGAAAAGCAAAUUACAAGUGGGACGAGCAAUCGCGGGUAAAAUUCGUUUUUAUGCCAAGUUCAAAGUGAUUUCGGUGAUUUCAAAAUUGUCUUUUUUCGUUUAAAAGGAUUACACAGAAGUCACGGCAUUUCGAGAGCCUUGACAAGGGAGGUCAUUUUAUUUUGAGGUUCUGAUUUUUCUGAAAAUUGGCCAGAACACUUGCUGUACCAGAAGAACAUUCUAGAAGUCUAAAACUGCACAAAUUCCUCGUUUUUGGGAAAAGACGCUUCAAAGUCGAAGAAAACCUUCAAACACAUAAAAAUCGGCUUUUUUGAGACUUUAAGCUUAAAUUUCUCAAAAACUAGGAAGUUGUGCAGGUUGAGACUUUCAGAGUCCUCAUUUGGUACAUCAAGAAGGGUUCUGGCCAAUUUUCAGGAAAUUCCCAAUCGCUAAAAUGACCGUCCCUGUGAGGAAAUUUGGGUCCUACAACGAGUUAUAGAAUUUUGACUAGGGCUUGGUCUCCGUAUGUAGGGAGACUUCUGAAUUAGUUUCCUAGGUUCACCAGAUAAGAUUUUUCAGGCUGAAUCCCUAUCUGUUGAAAAAAUUAGGGGUCUCAAAAGUCUAGAAUUUCAAAGGGUUGCCUCGGGGCUUAAGGUCGCCCGGGGCCUCCCGUAUCAUUCAGAAGCACUGACCGGGAUUGCUUUGAACUAGCAAUAACUGAAUUUUCAUCAAUGAUCCAUUUCAGAUUCGAGUCCUACAUGAGUAAUUUGAUUGUUGGAGACGUCGAUGGGGUCAGCGAUAACGCUCGCGAUGUCUCCGAAAAGUUGAACAGCGGAUCUGUGAAAUCUUCUGUCCUGUUUUCAUUCGUGAGAUUAUCCAGUUCUUGACAUCUAUCUUGUCGAUUCUCAUUAAACAGUAAUUUCCUUUAUCUAUGUCAAUUUUUCACGGAAAAACUCUUGAGAAAAUGGGUUUUUGAUGCUUUUAGUGAUCAGUAGGAUAACGAAGGGAGUUACUAGAUUUUAAAAAAAGUUGAUUCCUCUUUCAGCCCGUCGUUCUGGUCGCUUUUGUAUUUUUCCUACUGUUGGCAAUUGGAAUGGUCGUUGCCCACUUUUUCACGCCAACUAAGGAAAGUUUAAGGAAACCCAAGGCGAGUCUAGAUCCUACGGAUAUUUUUUUUUUGUGAUGAAAAACGAAAAAGAAUUGAUGAAAUUCUGUUGAGACGUUACCUAUAGAUCCUUCAUUCUUGUCCCUUCAACUUUUUAGUAUAAUAUUAACGUUCAAAGACGAUAAGAAACUGUUUUUCCACUGAAAUGAUAAAUUACGAUCUUUGAAGCCUUCUUGGUUCAGACUUUUGAUCAGAUUUUCGAAAUAUUUCCUUUUGAAACUUUCUUGUAGAGAGAUUUUCCUACUGUUCAGGAUUAUUAACUUGAAUAUUUCAGAAACAAACAAGUGAUUCUAGUGGGAAAGUGGCCGCUGCGAUGAUUGGACUGUGUCUCCUGCUCGUUUUAACUGGAAACGGUCUUUUCGUCUUUGCCAAUUUAACCCUGAUUAAUACAUCAACGGAAGUGUCCAGUAUGAUGUACGAUAUGGAAAAAGGUGCUUCUCAUCGUUAUUUCCUUAUAAGAGACGUUUUUGGGAAAUCUUUUAAAAAACUUGCUCGAUCCCUUCCCGAAGGCCUAGGUUAUGAUUCUAUGUAGACUUUCUGUGCUUCCAGUUUUUAGGGUAGUAACUUUGCAUUUUACUCAGAAUUAGGUCUGAAACUCAUAUUUCGUAACUUUGAAUAUUUAUAGCUUUGAAAAUUUAAGUUUUGCGCAAGACUACAAAGGAUUUUUCUUUAGCGACAUUUUGAGCUUAGUUUCAGAUUAUUUCAGACUUCGCCCGAAAGGAAAAUUUACCAGUUAUAAAAUAGUCCAAAAAGUCUUCCAAACUUUUGGAAAAUUUUCAGGAAUGGAAAACUAUUUUUAUGUCUACUUUUCGAAUGUCGUCUGCGUCUUGGAUGAACCAUUGAAGCGAGUUAUGAAUGAAAUCAUCCCGGAACUUUACAACGCCCAAAUAGUAGAGAAAAACAGAGUGGAAUUCCAACUAGUUCUGAAUUCCUCCACAAAUUUGGAAAUGUCUCUCUAUGCUUUUCGUAAUUUUACAUACGUAUGUUUUUUUUUCUCACCUUUUCAUCAAAGAUUGGUCAAUUUUAGGCAUUUCAAAAUGGAUACUGUUGUGAGGACUUUUUUAAGGAGAUUGCUGAACCUUUGCGGAAAAUCCAAAGUGGCGAGGUUAUUGACACAUUCGGAUCAAAAUGUAUUGAGUGAAAUUAAAAGCUGAACUAUAGCCAAUUCAUCCCGACUUGAAAGACAAGGGAGGCGGAACGCGUAGCGUGUGCGUACGCGGUUCUUGGCACGCGUUCAAUUCAACUGCCAGCGACUAUUUGAAGAGCUUGGUCAGUGCUCUUUUUGUGUCUACUCUGCUAUUAAUUAAUGCAGAAAUUAAAAUAAUUAAAAAAAUAAUUAAAAAAAAUAAAUGAAAAAAAGCGGUGACCUAGCUUUCCAAAUAGUCGCUGACGGUUGAAUUGAACUCGUGCCAAGAACCGCGUACGCACACGCUACGCGUCCCGCCUCCCUCGCCUUCCAAGUCGGGAUGGAUUGACUAUCAAAAAGUCAUCUUUCAAUCAUUUCAAAUAGAAUCUUCAAAUUGAAAACAAAUGUGUCGCUUCAAAAAUUGUUCUCCUUAGACAAAACGUGUUUUUUGCUGUGAGAUUUCCUCCCAUUUGAAGUUUAGAAUCAAUCUCUGACCAAUCUUGGUGAAAAAUCAGAGCGCAAUGCCAUAACAGUCAUGACACAGUUUUUGGAGGUAUACUUCUACUAAAGUCUGUAUGAUUUUCGAUAUAAUUCAGAAAGUCGAGAAGAAAAAAACGAGCAUCGAAGCCAGAAAGGAUUACGAUCCAGCCCCAGAAGUUUUUUCCUCUCUUUGAUUUAAAAAAAGAACAUUUUUAGGUAUUGAACUCUUUCAAACUUCUGUUCUACUUGCUCAGCAUUCCUUUCGUCGUUAGUUCCCUAGUGAUUCUUGCACUUGGCUUCGUCACUCUCUUUCGAUUUGCGAAGAAACUCCGGGGAGGAAAAAUUGAUGAGAAAUCUAUUUUUAUUGGAGAGUUAGAGUCUGUGUGGAACGACUUGAAAUUUCAUGGAACGACAUUCCGCUGUUCCGCUGCGUGCGUUUGCGAAGCGUCUUUCGAAUCUAGGUUGCGAUUUCAAUUGAUUGUUAUUGCUGUGGGAACACAUGAAAGUAGAGUACCUUAAUAAAAGAAAAAAAAAAUUUAAAAGCGCGACCAAGAUUUGCAAAGGCGCGCAGCGGCACAGCGGAAUGUCGUUCAAUGAAAUUCCAAGUCGUGGUACAAAGGCUAUAAGAUGAGAACGAUAAUCAGUUAUUAUUUUGAUGAAUGUGAGCUGAAAAAAAUUCCAAUUUUUCUUUAUAACAGUCAUUGGAUCUCGAAAUAUUCAUAAUUAGUUAAAUGUGAUAUUUUGUUGAUGUUUUUCCGUUUCGAAAAAGCAGAAACGUGUUUGCUGACCACAAAGGUAUUUUCCCUUUGUGGUUGGAAUUUUUCUGAGGUUUAACCAGAUUUCUUCUUGAUAAAUAUCCUGAAAGUCAGCAAUUAUUCCCAAUUCUUUGAGAAAAAGACCCCUCAAAGUUGAGUAAACCCACGAAUUUCGUUGGACUAGGCUUUUUUAAGGGUUUGAGGUCGUAUUUUUCAGAAAGAUAGGAAGUUUUGCAGAUUGAGAUUUUCAGGAUCUUCAUCUCAAAUUUCAUUCUGGUUUUUUUUUUUGAAAAUUCCCAACCGCAAAAGGACUAUCCUUGUGAGAGAUCAGCUCGAUUUCGUACAAGACUCAUAAAAAAAUUUUUCCAGAAAGAAUAAUUUAGGAGGAACUAAAACUUGGUUGCUUUGAAUACUCUAAAAAGGAAACUUUGAAGAGUUUUUCAUAAGAUUUAUCAUUUUUUUCAGACGGCAGUGGACAUGCUUUUUUUGGAUUUGCGGCAUUAUCUUAUUUUUAAUAACAGGGUUUUUUUUUCUAAAAAAAAUCAGUUAAGCUGAAAUUUUCGCAGGUUUUGUUUUCUCACCAGCGGUAUUGCCUACGUGAAAUCUGUGUCAUUUCUGGAACAUCCGGCCGUUUUGAAGUCACUUGACUUUGAUUUCACUGACUUUGGCAAUAAGUCUAUUGAUUCUAGGUAGGAUUGCGGGCGAUAAAUUAAAUGAAUAAUAUCAAAGAAGUUUAAAUCGAAAUUCACGGACUAAAAUGAAAGAGAACCUUUUUUUUCAGGACUGUCCUUCGUGAAAUCAAAAAGAAAGGUGUAUUCAAUUUGACAAACACGGAAACUCUCUACGAAACGCUUCUCGAUGCGGUAUUUUUUUCUCUUUUUUUGUUUAUGCAGCUGAUUUUUCUUUGUAUAAUAUUACUAUUGGACAUAAAAAAACUUUGAAAAAAAAGAUUAUUUAAAAAUAUAUUCCUACGAGACGUUUUUUCUUGUAGUCUUCCAAAGAAUGUACAUACGGAAACACACUCCCAACUUUCUUGUAUGGAGCUUGAUCAUUUUGAAACCAUCUGGAGUUGUUACGAAUUUUUUUUUAGUGACAAUCUGGUGAAUUUCAGUUUUUUGAAGAAAGACGCAGUUUAUAGAUAUUAAAAAAAGCUGUGAACAAAAAUAACUUUUUCCGAUUUCAUUUUUGACAGUUACAUACUAUUCUUCAAAACGAACAUUUAUUUUCAGUUCUCGUUGGGAAAUAUUAUGCCGUCUAUAUUUAUUGUCUGGAAAGAGUCAUUAUCCUACGACGUUGUGAGUUUUUUGUUUCAAAUCAGCUCAACUUAAUUUCCUUGAAUAAAGGCCACGAUAAAGAACAGCACCGAGAAGUUGGCUUCGAGAAAAGUAGUUCCUCCAAAAGAACUUUACAAGCUGGAGAAAUCGAUCGCAGAUUUGAAAGCUUCAGUUUUUCACCUUUUCGGUUUCGAUAAGAUAAAUUAUGGCUUCAGCUUCGGCUCUAUCCAACGGAAGAUAAUGCGAUAAGAAACAAGGUGCUCAUGGAAAUGAAAGCCUAUUACGUUAAAAUUGAUGAGAAAAUUCUUACAAGACUAACGGUGAGUACAAAACUUUUUGAAAUUGAGAGGAUUAUCCACUGAAAUCGAAAUUCUACAGAACCUAGCGAAAAAACUCGGUGAGGAAGGAGACGAAAAAAUGCAAAGUUUACUGAAGAUACUUCCUCUACGAGCAACGGAAGAGAUUGCCCGACCUUUCAAUUUUUUAUUCUUCGCCUCUGGUUCGUUUUCUUAUCCAGUACUAGCACCAAAUUUGGAAUUGAGAAUAUUGAUCGUUAGUAGUAUCCAAGAUUACGUCUACCAAUUUUUGGUCCAGUUUUGGUAGUUCGAAAAAUCGAAAAGCCUUUUUUAAUAGUGAUGCGAGGUAAAGCAAAAAUUAAAAAAAAAAAAGAUUUUAAAAAAUCGUAACUUUAGUCUUGCCGUGCAAAUCUUCAGAAGUUUACGAAUGCGAAAGUGUUUUUUUUUCCUUUCUCUCGAUUGAUUGAUUUUCUUCUCAAACCUUUCAGUUGUAUGCGCAAUCGCUGCCACCUGUAUGACUUUCCCGGCCUUCACCGUAACCCGAUUUCUUUUCGGCGGUACCAGCAAGACAACGGAUUGGACGUCAGUCAGCGGAACUCAGUCGAAAGCAGAAGAAAGCCCCAACUACAAGACUUCUUCCAAAAAUUCUUCUAGUAUAUCAUUCCCAAAUAUUAACAAAAAUGCAGCCAAAUGAAAAAUUUACUUGUAUUUUUCCGUAACUGUUCGAUGGUUGGUCAGAAGAGAGAUUCUCAGAAAUCCUGAACAUCUGACCUCGGCCCAACGCACAGCUCUGCUCACUUGUAUAAUGUACUUGAAAUUUCAAGGAAUACUGGUUUUGUUAGAAGUUUCUUACUAGCAGUGCUGGUUGGGUAAAUUCGACUUGGUUUUUGGUUUUCGGCCCAUGUUUCGGCUCCGUAGCAUAGCGCCGGAAGGACGGUUUGAGAUUCCAAACUCUUGACGCUGAUAAGCUUAAAUAUCUGUUUUAUUGGGUUCAGAGCUGCCCAUGCGGAUGCUCUUCUGCGUCUUCUGA